CCGAGUCAGAGUGCUAAGAACCAGUCUGGGCCCCUCACCAUUGAAUUCUUCCCAAGCAAUUUUAUCCUCAAACACGACCCUCUUUCAUUGUAAAAACCAAUUGCAACAGAAAUGCAACGCAUUCAAACGAAAACCAAGUGUCUUUCUUGGGGAGAAUCAGUAUCAGGAGGUGAUCAUGGAUACUCAAGAGCAAGAGCUUGAAGACAUUGAGCUUUUCCAAAAGCAUGUUUCUGAUCGCUUCACCGAACUCUCAUCACCACCCGAGGACGAUGCCCUCCUCUCAGUUUCCUGGCUACACAGACUCCUCGAUGUUUUCCUUUGCUGCGAAGCCGAAUUCGAGGCUAUUCUCAUUAUGGAUCGUGACCCUUCCCAGCUCUCCAAGCCUCCUUUUGAUCGGUUGAUCCCUGAAUUCAUUGAACGCGCCGUCAAGGCUUUGGACAUUUGUAAUGCCGUUGCCAACGGGGUUGACUCCGUUAGGCAUUGCCAAAAACUGUCUGAGAUUGUUAUUUCGGCUUUGGACCAAAACCCUCUUGGGGACGGCCAUGCCAAGCGAGCUAAAAAGGCCUUACUUAUGCUCCUCUCCGCAAUGAAUCUGGACGAUAAAGAAGGUACCCAUGUUAAAGCCACGGAAAGGAGCUGGUCCUUCGGUCGCCGAGGUGUUAAUAAGGAGCAGAUUGCCGGACAUUUCAGGUCACUUUCUUGGCAGGUGGCUAAGAAUUGGUCAUCCGCAAAACAGAUUCAAUCCAUGAUGUACAACCUGGUUGCACCACGUGGAGCAGAGGCUUCGGGUUUGCCCUCUCCAAUUUAUACCAUGAACGUGAUCAUGAUAUUUGUGAUGUGGGCAUUGGUAGCUGCAAUACCUUGUCAAGAGAGGAACGGGUUGCCCACUCAUUUCCCGGUUCCCAAGCAACUGAAUUGGGCCCAUAGCUUGAUUGGAUUACAAGAGAAAAUCGCUGAUGAGUGGAAGAAGAAGGAGAAGAAAGGGAUGUCUGGAUUGUUGGAUGAGCUGCAGAAAAUGGAGAAACUGGCUCAGAGUUUGAUUGACUUUACGGAUUCUUUCCACUUCCCUGGAGACGCUGAGAAAGUGAAGGAAGCAGCUGCAAAUGUUUCGGAAUUAAAGGAGAUUUUUGGGAGGAUGGAUCAAGGAUUGACCCCUUUACAGAUGCAUAUUAGGGAAGUGUUUCAUAGGAUUGUAAGAAGCAGAACUGAGUUCCUUGAUGUGUUGGAGAAGGGUUCUGCACCUGUCGUAUAACUCUCGAUGGCCACGGGGGGCUGUUGACUUGAAGGAUACAAUAUUUACGAGAUAAGAUUUUGAUCCUUCCUUUGCCUAUGAUUUGAAGAUGGACACAAAAUGAAUAUGUUGUUAUUUUAUUUAUUUUUAAAGCUUUGGCCUUUGGUUAAUAUGUUGACUGUUAUUUGAUUCUUUGCUUCUCAGGUAAAUGUAAAUAUUCAAAACUACUGCCGUAAUAUCUUGAAUUAGGAGGCCUUUGGAUUCACAUUUUCAUUUGCA